AUGGCGAAUUCCAGGUUCGAAUAUGUGAAAGCUUUUGAGCAGACGGACAACCUCCUACCCAACACCUGGGUUGUCGUGAGGAUAGAUGGGCGAGGCUUCACAAACAAGUACAACUUUGAAAAGCCAAAUGACCGUCGGGCUCUGGAUCUCAUGAAUGCAGCUGCCAAGGCUGUCGUGACGGACCUCCCGGACAUCACUAUUGGCUAUGGAGUCAGUGACGAAUAUAGCUUCGUUUUUCACAAGACAUGCACCUUAUUCGAGAGAAGAGCCAGUAAAUUGGUAUCGACUAUAGUCUCGACCUUCACGGCAUAUUAUGUCCACCUUUGGUCGACAUACUUCCCCCAAACGCCUUUAUCAACCCCACUGCCAAGUUUCGACGGAAGAGCAGUCUGCUAUCCCAGCGUCCAAAACCUGCGGGACUACAUGAGCUGGAGACAAGUCGAUUGCCACAUUAACAACCUCUAUAACACCACCUUCUGGUCACUCAUCCAACUAGGUGGGAUGUCUGCCACGGAGGCCGAGAAGUUCCUUGCUGGUACUCUCUCAGCAGACAAGAAUGAGAUCAUGUUUUCGAAGUUCCACCUCAACUACAACAACGAGCCCGAGAUCUUCAAGAAGGGGAGCGUCGUGUUCCGAGACUACGAGCUUGUCGAGCCGGGGACUCACAAUGUCGCCGAGGCAGCUGAUGAUUUGGCGGAGCCGGUCAAGCAGUCCAAGACGCAGGAAGAGGGUGACAGGAAGCGGAGGGCAAAAGCAAGAGUCAUGGUUGAUCACCUUGAUAUAAUCAAGGACGAUUUCUGGGAUAGGCGGCCAUGGCUGCUGUCCAACAAGCCUGGCAAGGUACCGAAACAGACUUAG